AGCUUUCUGGUGCACGUCCUCUGAGUAUGUGCCUGGGAGUGGAGCUGCCAUGUUGUGGGGCAGGCGCGGGUUGUGCUGUGGUGGGUACUGCUAAAUGGUUUCCCCCUUGGAAAGUUGCUGGACCAGUUCACACUCCGACCUGUAGCCGUGAAGGUUCUGGUGCUUCACGUCCUCACAAACAGUGUUUUCCAUCUUUUUCAUUUUAGCCACUCUCGGGGUGGGGUGUCUAGUGGUCUCAUAUUGUGGUUUGAAUUUGCAUUUCCCGUAUGACUGAUGGAAUUGAGCUUCUUGUCCUGUAUGUUGGCCACUUGGAGAUCCUCUUUAGGGAAGGGUCUAGUCAAGUCUUUUGCCCAUUUUUCUAUCUGGUUAUCUGUCUUUUUUGUUUUUGUUGGUUCUACCAUAUUGCCUGGUGACCUUCAGGAACCCAUCUUCCCCUCUGACCGUGAGGUCCUUGAGAUUUCUGGACCCCCAGUGCCUAUUAAAUCCCUCAAAUAAUGGAGCCACAAUACACGUUUGCUGUUGACCAUCUUUCCAGUGGGAUAACCAUUCUCCUUGAGAAAAAAGAUGGCGGAAAUAGCCGUGGAGCAGUUCUUCUUUCUCUCGAGCACCUGUAAUUAUCACCCCUCUGUCCUGAUUGGUGAGCCUAAUCUCUCCAGGUUUAGGCUCUUAAAAUAACUCUACAGGCCCUUUUUGAUGUCUUUGGUGUUUUUCUUAAGCCUGUCUUUGGGACAUGCUCACUCUUGCUCUUUUGUGUUCAUUCUUACUUGAGGACCUCGCUUCCCUCUCUUACGGACACCCCAGAAAGUCACACUGGCGCUUUGACAUUUCCCCUCUUUCCCCUUUCAUGAAACUCUGUGACUUGCCCCUGGAAUUUCAUUUUCUGAGUUUUCUGUCCAUGCUAAGCCAUCCUCUCUGAUUCCUGGCUUCUUAAAAGUCUGCUUCCUUAAUGUCUAAGACGUGGGUCUGACCAUGGCUCCCAUUGUGUUCCACGAUUAGUCCAAACUUCAAGAUGAUGUGGUCGUUGCCCCCUUGUUUUCCUCUCACUCCUAUUUUACAAACCUCGCGUUAUCCUUGGUCAGAAUUAAAGACACAAGGUAGGAUGGUCGUUUUCCUCAUUGCCUCCUUGACCUUCCAAGAGAUGAGAUGAUGAGAGGAGCGAGGCUUUCUCAGGUGGCCUGCCUGUGACCUAAGGAGACUUCCAGCUGCUUCCCAGGCCAUCCCUAGCCUCGCUGCGGCUCAGCUCUGUGGUUCAUGUGAGAGAAGCGGCAUCUGCAUCCCAGCCAGGCCAGCAAAUAUGUGCCAGGCACUUUUCCAGGCCCUUGUGGAGUGACAUUCUAAUGGGGCUGGAGGAGAGAGACAGACAGCAAGCACGAUAAAUAGCGAUGACUCAGGAUGCAGCCAGGGGCCACGACGUGCACGGAGGACCGCAUCCAGCACGCCCUGGAGCGCUGCCUGCACGGGCUCAGCCUGAGCCGCCGCUCCACCUCCUGGUCAGCGGGGCUGUGUCUGAACUGCUGGAGCCUGCAGGAGCUGGUCAGCCGGGAUCCGGGCCACUUCCUUAUCCUCCUGGAGCAGAUCCUGCAGAAAACCCGAGAGGUCCAGGAGAAGGGCACCUAUGACCUCCUUGCCCCCCUGGCCCUGCUCUUCUAUUCUACUGUCCUCUGUACACCACACUUCCCACCAGACUCAGAUCUCCUUCUGAAAGCAGCCAGAACUUACCACCGGUUCCUGACCUGGCCUGUUCCUUACUGCAGCAUCUGCCAGGAACUGCUCACCUUCAUUGAUGCUGAGCUGAAGGCCCCAGGAAUCUCCUACCAGCGACUGGUGAGGGCUGAGCAGGGCCUGUCCACGAGGAGUCACCGCAGCUCCACUGUCACCGUGCUGUUGCUGAACCCGGUGGAGGUGCAGGCCGAGUUCCUCGCCGUGGCCGACAAGCUGAGCUCGCCCAGGCACUCGCCGCACAGCACCUACACCACCCUCCUCCUGCACGCCUUCCAGGCCACCUUUGGGGCCCACUGCGACCUCCCAGGUCUGCACUGCAGGCUGCAGUCCAAGACCCUGGCAGAGCUCGAGGACAUCUUCACGGAGACCGCAGAGGCACAGGAGCUGGCAUCUGGCAUCGGGGAUGCCUCUGAGGCCCGGCAGUGGCUCAGGACCAAGCUGCAGGCAGUGGGAGAAAAAGCCGGCUUCCCUGGUGUCUUAGACCCUGCAAAGCCCGGCAGUCUCCGCACCAUCCCCAUCCCUGUCGCCAGGUGCUACACCUACAGCUGGAACCAGGACAGCUUCGACAUCCUGCAGGAAAUCCUGCUGAAGGAACAGGAGCUGAUCCAGCCAGGAAUCCUGGGGGAUGAUGAGGAGGAUGAGGACGAGGAGGAGGACGAGGAGGAGGAGGAGGAGGAGGACUUGGAAACCGACGGGCAUUGUGCCGAAAGGGACUCACUGCUCUCCACCAGCUCGGCUGCCUCCCGCGACUCCACCCUGUCCCUCGCCUCGUCCCAGACCUCAGGACCCACCCUCUCCCGCCAGCUGCUGACCUCCUUUGUCUCGGGCCUCUCGGACGGCAUGGACAGUGGCUACGUGGAGGACAGCGAGGAGAACACCUUCGAGCGACCCAAGAGGCCUGGCAGCCGGGAGCGCCGGGGCCACCGCAGGCCUGGGCAGAAGUUCACGAGGAUCUAUAAACUGUUCAAGAGCACCAGCCAGCUGGUCCUGCGGAGGGACUCCCGGAGCCUGGAGGGCGGCUCGGACACCACCUUGCCCCUGCGGCGGGCCGGCAGCCUCUGCAGCCCGCUGGAUGGCCUGGUGCCACCCCCGUCCAGGGCCCAGCGCUCCCGCUCCCUGCCCCAGCCCAAGCUCAGCCCCCAGCUGCCCAGCUGGCUCCUGGCCCCCGCCUCCCGCCACCAGCGCCGCCGCCCCUUCCUGAGUGGGGAUGAGGACCCCAAGGCUUCCACGCUACGUGUCGUGGUCUUUGGCUCCGAUCGGAUUUCGGGGAAGGUGGCUCGGGCGUACAGCAACCUGCGCAGGCGGCUGGAGAACAAUCGUCCGCUCCUCACCCGGUUCUUCAAGCUUCAGUUCUUCUACGUGCCCGUGAAGCGGACCCACGGGCCCGGCACCAGCACCAGCCCAGCCUCCCCCAGCCCUUCCCCGCUCCCCACAGACUCCCCGAGGCACCCCGGCCCUGCAGAGCCAGGCGCACCCCCUUGGGAGGAGAGCACCAACGACAUCUCCCACUACCUCGGCAUGCUCGACCCCUGGUAUGAGCGCAACGUGCUGGGCCUCAUGCACCUGCCCCCCGAGGUCCUGUGCCAGCAGUCUCUAAAGGCUGAGCCCCGGCCCCUGGAGGGCUCCCCAGCCCAGCUGCCCAUCCUGGCGGACAUGCUGCUCUACUACUGCCGCUUUGCGGCCCGGCCGGUGCUGCUGCAGGUCUAUCAGACGGAGCUGACCUUCAUCACUGGGGAGAAGACAACGGAGAUCUUCAUCCAUUCCCUGGAGCUGGGUCACUCAGCGGCCACGCGCGCCAUCAAGGCCUCAGGUCCUGGCAGCAAGCGGCUGGGCAUCGAUGGUGACCGGGAGGCCAUCCCUCUAACACUACAGAUUAUUUACAGCAAGGGGGCCAUCAGUGGACGGAGUCGCUGGAGUAACAUGGAGAAGGUCUGUACCUCUGUGAACCUCAGCAAGGCCUGCCGGAAGCAGGAGGACCUAGACUCCAGCAUGGAGGCCCUAACGCUAAACCUGACAGAAGUGGUGAAAAGGCAGAACCCCAAAUCCAAGAAGGGCUUCAACCAGAUCAGCACAUCGCAGAUCAAGGUGGACAAGGUGCAGAUUAUCGGCUCGAACAGCUGCCCUUUUGCUGUGUGUCUGGACCAGGAUGAGAGGAAAAUCCUGCAGAGUGUGGUCAGGAGGCAUUUGUCCUGGUACAAGCACUGCAGUAAAGGGCCCCAGAUUGCAGGUCCCAGCCUGUCUCACCAUCAGAGCUGCAGGCUGCAUACACCCGUCAGGGCUCCUCCAAGACACCGGAUUAUCUGGGGCUGGCGCCUCCCUGGGCAGGAGUGCAGGGAGCCGAUUGCUAGAAGGACGUGGGGAGCUGAGCUGCAGCUGAGCCAAGGCGGCGCCAGAGUCCGACCAAAGCUGUGUCUCCAUUCUCAAGAAGCUGCCUGGCCGAACCACCUCUUUGCAGAAAAACAACCACUUUACUUUCCAUUCUGCUGCCUGAGACAACCACAUCCUCCUCACACCCCUCCCCAGGCUCCCAUGGACAACCCAGAUGUGGAGCUGGACCUCCAGCGGAGUGUGCAGGCUGUGCUCCGGGAGCUCAACGCCCAGACCCCCGCCCUGCAGAGCAACCAAGGCAUGUGGAGAUGGUCCCUGCACAAGAAGGUCGAGCGGGAUCCUGGUAAGCGUCCGGUGCUGGUCCGAAUUCUGCUCAGAGAACUGGAGAAGGCAGAGAGAGAGGACGCCCGGCAUGUCAUCAUGCCCCUGCUGCACACGCUAAUGUACGUGUUCACUAAGGCCACGGGCAUCACGGAGGAGCUUCACCGGAGAACCUACGCCUUUUGUAUGAGGUCGCUGACCCUGCCUGCUCCCUACUGCACAGUCGCGCUGGACUGCGCCAUCAGGCUGAAAACGGAGGCGGCCGUCCCAGGGACGCUGUACCAAAGGCUGGUCAUUGCCGAGCAGAACUUGACGAGUGAGCUGUACCCCUACCAGGAGAGAGUGUUCCUCUUCGUGGAUCCUGAGCUGGUGUCUCCCUCCGUGUGCAGUGCCCUGCUGCUGGAGAUCCAGGCGGCCCAGGAGCAGCAGACGCCCGAGGCCUGCAUGCGCCACGUGGUCUCCCACGCCCUGCAGGCGGCGCUGGGGGAGGCCUGCCAUGCCGGCACCCUGCAAAGGAAGCUGCAGGCCAGCCCCCGCCUCGUCCUGGAGCGCUAUUUCCACGCCGUGGUGGCAGCGGUGGAGCAGAUGGCUUCCGAGCCCAGCCCGAGCCGGGAAGGACACCUGGAGAGGCUGGAGGAGAUUUACUGCUCGCUGCUGGGCCCUGCGGCGGCCGCCAGGGGGCGCUGCGGCGGUAAGCGCCUGCUCCUUCCUUCAGGUGACCCCCUCCAGGACCAGCUGCCAAGCAUCCCUCUGCCCAGCCCACAUAUCACCUUCCACCUGUGGACGGAUGAGGACCAGCUCUGGAAGGAACUGGUGCUUUUUCUGCGCCCGCGAUCCCAGCUGCGCCUCAGUGCAGACUUGGAAGCUUUGGAUCUGCAGGGCGUCCCGCCAGACCGGGAGUCGGCCCGGACGUCCGUACUGUCCACCGACAGCGGCAUCGAGCGGGACCUUCCUUCCGGGGCCGACGAGCUGCCCUCAACCGGAAGCCCUGAGAUGGAGCGAGCCGGGCUGCAGCGCAAAGGGGGCAUCAAGAAGCGGGUGUGGCCUCCGGACAUCCUGAUGCCCAGCAGCUGGGACGGGCCCCCGGGGCUGCACCGGAGGACCGGCAGGCCCAGUGGGGAUGGGGAGCUGCUGCCUGGUGUCUCCCGGCUGCACACGGCCCGGGUGCUGGUGCUCGGGGACGACAGGAUGCUGGGGCGCCUGGCCCGGGCCUACUAUGCCAUCAGGAAACGAGAGACCCAGAAGUUUUGCCUCACCCCCAGACUCAGCCUGCAGCUCUACUACAUCCCCGUGCUGGCGCCUGAGAAGCCUGCAGCAUCCAGGCAUUUGGAGCUUGGAGAGCUGGCCACGUUCCUGGGCCGCGCAGACCCGUGGUAUGAGAACACUAUCAACACCCUGUGCCCUGCCAUCCACAAGCUGGCAGAGAUGCCUCUCUCCCUGAACACAUCCCGGACUAUAGACCCCUUCAUCCUGGAUGUCAUUACCUACUACAUUCGCAUGGGCACCCAACCCAUCUAUUUCCAGAUCUACACAGUCAAGAUCUUCUUCAGUGACCUGAGCCAAGACCCUGCAGAGGACAUCUUCCUCACAGAGCUCAAAGUGAAGAUCCAAGACUCCAAGAUCCCCAGAGAUGGUUUUUCACCCCGGAGGAGAGGCGUGGCCGAGGGUCCAGGGGCUGAGCUCUCCAUCAGCUACCAGAAGGCCCUGCUCAGCCACCGAGUCCGAGAGGUCACCGUCUCCCUGCGGGCCACUGGGCUGGUCCUGAAGACACUUGCAGCCAGUGACAAUGAUGUUUCAGGGCCCACCUACUGCCCCCCAGCUGCUGCUCCCGUUACGGACCACAGGUGCCUGAAUGUUAGUGUGACGGAGGUUGUCAAGACCUCCAACUUGGCAGGAAGGUCCUUCUCUACAGUGACAAACAGCUUCCGGACGGCCAGCAUCCAGAUCCAGAGCCAGGACCAGAGGCUGCUGACACUGUCGCUGGACAAGGACGGUCGGCGCACUUUCAGGGAUGUGGUCAGAUUCGAGGUUGCUCCCUGCUUAGAGCCAUGUUCCGGGGCCCAGAAAUCCAAGGUGCUUAGUUCACAUCGGCAGGAGAUGGAAAGGACCAAAGCCAAGGCCAAGCCCCUUCUAAUGCCCAUCAACACAUUCUCUGGCAUCAUCCAGUGAGCCCAAAGGGGCCACAGAAUCGCUGAGUCCAAGAGCAGUGGAUCCAUGAGGAAGGAUACACUACCCAACUCGCCCCCAAACACCCACACCAACAUCCAGAGCAAGGCCCAGCUCCCGUGGGAGGCUUCCAGCCACUUCUAGGAGCCAGCAAGUGCCCAGAGCACAGGGAGCUGGCUGUGGGGGUGUGAUGGAGCAGGGCCCGCACGAAGGCCCCAGGAGGCCCCAGCCAAACUGCACACGCAAUGCCCUGGGACCCGUGUGUGCUCCGUGGAUUUCCAGUUCCCGCCUCUUCACUGUCUUCUCCCACCCAAGUUCCCCGCUUGGCCCUUAAAACCGAGGUGAGCGCUGCUGUCCUGGCCCCGGGCCCCGCGGCCUGGGGAAAACAGGAAGCAGGCAGAGGCUGCUACGCCUCCCACCUCCCAGUCUGUUCCCAUCCCUGUCUCAGGCCACUGCUCACCUCGCCCACUCCCAGGCGGGCAUCUCUCCAAAUGGAGAGGAAGAUGUCAGAUUCAAUAAAUAUAUAAAUAAAUAAAUAAACACUAAAGUGUUUCUGCUCUCA